UUUCCGCUUCUCAUUUGCCUCCUCCAUCUACCACACACUACUACUCCUCGCUCACGACCUGACCUCCUCCGCCUCCUCCUCUGCCAUCCUCUCUCUUGUCUCGUGUCCUGUCUCGUUCUCUUUGGUUUUGUCCCUAUCGCGAGCUAUUGUCCUAUAUCCGUCGUCCCAGCCUUCCUGGGGCAACAUAAAGUUUCCUGUGUGAGAAAGCGCCCGCUAGGACCACGUUAUUCUCAAACAGCGAUUUGUGCCUCAUCUCACCCAACUCCCUGCAGCAUUGUUGUCUGCUCCAACGACGCAUAAACACCCCGACCCGCCUCCUCACUCUACCUAAUACCCUCACGCAUCUUUAAAGGGUGCUGUGCCUCUAUUCACUUGCUUCGCUCGCCGCGUGCGCCUCCUGUGUCACUCAUUCACUAACCGAACCACGAAACAACAAGCCUCCGCCUGCUCACUUCUUCGACAUGAAAGUCCCGACCACCUUGAGCCUUCGUCCGUCAGCCUCUAAAUCCACUUCCUCAACACAAUCUUCCUCUACACAAGAUACAAUGCCGCAGGUCAAACGGACAAUCUCGCAGACCUUUUCGCGCUCCAGCGAUGCCGGGUCAGCUUCCUCGGCUUCACUACGCGGGACAGGUCCUGCGAUCCAGCAACACUCACAGAAAGAGCGAAGGACUGAAACCGAAGAUGUAACUGAAAAUUCUUCAUCGUCGUGUAGAAGACUGCUGCGAAGAGCCUCGACUGUCACUUCUCGUUCGGUACGCAAGCACGUAUCCUCACACUUCAAGAACCGACAAGACACUGCCACUCGCGACUCGGCUCAGGCAUUGUACGAUACUCCAGAAGAUGCACCGCUCGUGCAAGUCGCCGAGGGAAGAAUGAAGAUGUCCGCCUUCAGAGGAAUUGUGAACAUGGCUACCCCGUCCAAGAGGCGACGUGGAGCAGCUUCCGGUCCAUCCGGCGAGGAGGGACGCUGGAAUCCUCCUGCAGCACCAAUGCCAGCCAGCUACAUCCAUCCUGCCUUUAAUCUGGAUCCACAAAGCGGACGAGCCGCCAAAGCUGCUGCGGCUGCAUACUCCAAUCUUCGAGCUUCAGACUCGGGUACAUCUUUCCAGCUACCUCCCCAGUCGCCUGCAUCUACUCGUGAUGAUGAGAGUGCUGUAUAUUUGGAUGAUAUGCCUGAGGUGGACUAUUCCAUUCGUUGUGAUUUUGUUCGUGUAAUUCCUCCCGAGCUAUCGCUAGAAAUUUUCGGAUAUCUCGAUGUUCAGUCUCUUGCCCGAUGCGAGAGUGUUAACAGACAGUGGAACUUUCUUGCCACCGCCCCCUCCGCCUGGCAACAUUUAUUUCGCACAAAGUACGAACCAAAGGUUCACGUUUCGCCGACGCCGAUCCAGAUGGGUGGUCUAGGGUAUGGAGAGCUCAUUCCGGGUCAGGAUUGGAAGUUGAUGACAAAGGCUCGCCGUAUAAUUGAAAGACGUUGGGCCGGUGAAAGAGCCUCAGCGGUGUACCUCAACGGCCACACGGACUCAGUCUACUGCUGCCAAUUUGAUGAGAAGAAAAUAAUCACGGGCUCGCGCGAUCGCACGAUUCGUGUUUGGGAUAUUGAUACGUACAAGUGCAUCAAAGUUAUUGGUGGUCCCGCAGCCAAACCAACUACCAAUAUCAACCCUCCUCUACCCAUGGUGGAAUGUACGCACUCCAACGUCGAGAGUGCAAACGGUACACCCUAUGGCGACAGCAUCUUUUUCACUCCGGACGACUUUCAUUCCCAAAGUAUACUUUGUCUGCAGUACGAUGAUGAUCUCAUGGUCACUGGAUCUAGCGACACAACUUGCAUCGUGUGGGAUGUCAAGACCUUCCGGCCGAUCCGGCGCCUCCGGCGCCAUACUGCCGGUGUUCUCGACGUGUGCUUGGAUGCAAACUACAUCAUCUCCUGUAGUAAGGAUGCAACCAUCUGCGUAUGGGGUCGUGAGAGCGGAGAACUUUUGCAUGUGCUAUACGGCCACCGAGGACCAGUCAACGCUGUGCAAAUGAGAGGGAACCUCCUGGUUUCCGCAUCUGGCGACGGUGUAGCGAAACUCUGGGAGUUGAGCUCAGCAAAAUGUAUAAAAGAGUUUAUCUCGGUUGAAGGAGGCCUCGCUGCCGUUGAAUUCACCGACGACGCAAAGUACGUACUCGCGGGCGGUAACAACAUGGUUGUGUACAAGUUUGAUGUUACGACUGGUGAACGCCUUCACACGUACCAAGGCCAUGCAGGGCUCGUCCGCAGUCUUUUCGUAGACGCACCGAACAAUCUCGUCGUCAGUGGCUCCUACGACCAGAGCAUACAAGUGUUCAACUACGCCACCGGUGAACGCAUGUGUCACUUCGAGAAUUGGACCACUAGCUGGAUUCUGAGCGCGAAGAGCGACUACCGAAGGAUCGUCUGCACGAGCCAAGACGGUCGCGCUCUGCUGCUUGACUUUGGACACAACGUACACGGUGUUGACCUCCUGAAAUCCAAAGCCGCCGCUCCCGCAUAAUCAUCCCUUCUUCUGUUGAUACUAAUCCACCCUCCUGCUGUUCUGUACUAGAUGGGCAUUGCAAUGGCGCUCGGUGGUGAUUUUUAUUCCUAAUGUUUCUGUUGUCACGCAUUCCCUUGUUUGCCUCUAUUGUUCAGAUCUUCUUCCCUUUACACAAACAUACCCUGUUUAUUAGUUUUAGCGGCAUGGUGUUUUUGCACUCUCUACUGGGGAAAAAACUAGUAUGGUGUGUUACGCGCAUAGCCAGGCUGUGG